AUGCUACGACGAACCAUUCUGCGGUCGGCCGCGCGCCCACCACAGCUCCUUCGCAGCCCACACACGCGCCGCUAUGCGACAGAGCCGCCAGCCUCUCCCGCGUCCUCCCAAUCGCGCAUCGAGCGCUUCAAUCGCCGCUUACCAAGAUUCCUGCACAAGUACACCAAUGCGCUCGGAAAUGCGCCGGUCACGCACAUAACGUCGUUCCUCCUCCUCCACGAGCUCACGGCCGUCAUCCCUCUGUUCGGUCUCGCUGGCUACUUCCACUACACACAUUGGCUGCCUCCGUGGUUCGCAGAAGGGGCUUGGAUAGCGUCAGGUGUCGAGCGCUUCGGUCGGUACUUCAAGCGCAAGGGCUGGAUACGCAGCGAUGAAGCGCUGGAAGCCGAACGUGAGGUCGACGAGAUCCAGAAGGAUGACAAACAGAGGCAGUGGAUGAAGAGUCAGGGUUUGUUGUCACAUUCCGAUGACGACGGCAUCGGCAGCGAGACUAAGAGGCUGAGGAAGGUGGACCAGGCAUGGAACAUCAGCGAAGGCGGUGUCAGGCUGGUCGUCGAGUUUGCGACGGCUUACGCGAUUGUCAAGAUGUUCUUGAUUCCGAGAAUCGUGUUCAGCGUAUGGGCUACUCCCACCUUUGCGCGAUGGACGGUCGCCCCGGUCUUGAAGAAGUUCCGCGCGAUGUUUGAGAAGAAGGGGAGCGGCGCGCCUGGAGCGGGGACUGGUGCUAUCGAAGGAGGUCCUAUACCGAAGAGUGGAAAUGGAAAGACUUGA